UGCUCUUACAGGAAACCCAUAGCGGUUGGUCAGAUAUGUAGGAAAAAGACUCGCCACUCAUGCAACUUACCAUAAGCACAAUGAAUAUUUCAAAGAGUAUGGAAGCUAUUAUCCUUGCCUCGUAGGCAGAAAAUGGAUGCCUCCCAACCAAGAACGUCGGAAGGAGGCGACCAGCCAGCGACAGGCCUACCUGCCGGGGAUGGCACAGUCAUAGGCCAGGCAGUGCGAGUUGUUGCCCUGGGGAUUCCUCGUGACGCUACCUUGGCAGCGAUCUCUGGGAACCAGGAGGCCGACCCCCAGCAAGUUCAGUUCGGGGCGCCUUAUGUAAGAUAUGGCGAAAGUGCAGCCCUCGUCCUACCUAUGCAACUGGUUUAUGAUGACUGCCUGGGCUGCACCGAACCUCGCUUCCCUGACAACUACUCCCUGCUACUGGAGGGCCGCCUGUCACGUGAGACCUACACCGACAUCCUCCGCAUGUUGAAUCAGGCGGUACGGCGGCAACACUCCUCCGCCGCCUCCUCCCCUGCCGCCGCCCGCUGCUGCUUCUGGGGCUGCACGCUGGCAUCUCUGUUCGCCGCUGCGGCCUGCUUCCCAUGCUACCACUCGUACCGCAUGAAGGCGCUGGAUGGCGCCCUAACCCGGGCGGUUGCGGGUGUGAAUGCCAAUUACGCGGACCGAGGCAUCCGACUGACCCCGGUGGCGGGGCGGAGGGGGUGCCUCCGGCUGCAGGUAGCAUGCGACUGCUAGAGGGGCGGAAGACCAUACCGGAUUACCCGAGGGGGGCAAAGAGGAAACAACUAACUGACUGCGUGAUCAUGAAGGCGUCAUCAUGAUUUGCAACAUGUGAGCCAGCCCGACCCGCCCGGUGGGGUGCGGGAGAUGUAGGGUGGGGUGCUGGGUUGCGGCGGGCGACAUGAGGAGAGGGUUUGCGUCGUGUCCUCCGGCGGUGGGUCCUUCUAGGGAGGGAUUAGGGGAGGGAAGGCGGUGAUGCGUACGACAAAAGUGGAGGGCACUGUUGCCGUACCACAAUAGUGCCGUGCCGUAUGGAGGAGGAUGGUUGAUGGGAAGGUGGUGUUGUAUUGAAAUGGAAGGUGCAGCAACAGAGUCCCAAUCCCACUAAACCACUACGGUACCAAACAUACCAUUAUCAUGGAAAAACCAGGAUUGGCGCUGCGAUUUGGUUGUGCUUAAAUAAAUGCGACAGGGGUUGUGGGCGUGCAGGUGGGCAUUGGAUGAUUGGAGGUGGCAUGGGAAGGAGGAUCCCCUAUUCGGUUUACUGAUCAGGGAUGCGACAUGUACGGCGCAAUAAGAUUCAAUUGCAUUUUCCGACGGAACGCGAGUCCAGCUGCCAGUGCGUUGCACGAUGCAAUUACGCAUACAUGUUUUGCCAAGAAGAACAAGGAGACGAGCCUUUUGUUGCGCAUGUCUGCAUGCAUGAGUGUACGGCAUGCAGUGGUGUUAUCUUCCAUUCUUGUUUGGUGUCUUGGUGUCCUGUACCCUUACGUUCUUUCUAUGCCUUACCGUUAUGGUUUGACCCUGCAAUGUGCAUACGCGCUGGACCGUUCCGGCUGAAAAUGGGUGGUGUUGACAGGGUGUUGAUACCGGUAUUCGUAUCGUGGGCGUGGCUUUCCUUUUCAAAAUGGCUUCACUAAGCGUAGAUCUCUGAUGAGAAAGCUCUUGAACUCGUUGGCGGAGGUAUAUUACUGGGCAACGUGAGGUGGGAUUAUAGACGGUGGUUUAUGCCUUAGACACGACAUGAAGUUAUGCCUUGCGUGUAUGCAUUUUGCGAUUGACCUUUCUUGGAACUAUAAUAGUACCAGGGCAGCAGCUAACGAGUGCGUGACGGCCAGGGGCGAGCUAUGGUUGCGGCUUAUGGGAAUUCGUUUCGACGUCGUACACAGAUUUGGACGAACAUUCUAGCAUGCUGCCGCUAACAGUGCGUAUCGUUGUUGAUGAGCCAUCAGCGUUUUAAGGUAUCUAUUGGCGAUUGUCAACAGUAACUAGCACGUACCAUAUCUGCUGCGUUCACUGUGCGGGACUGCCCGCGACGCCAGGCGAUCGCUGUUAGGACGCUUAACAGCGUAAAUUCUGAAAGACUAGCAAUAUUGAACUAGUAAUAUAAGAAUUGGAUUGCUUGGUUGACCUCAACCCAACUGAGUCUCUGACAACAUGGCACCUGAAGGAGUAAAAAUUAAAAAGGAGAAGAAAGCAUCAGCUCCGGCAGAGGAUGGCAACAAGCUUACGGAUGCUAAGCGCAAGCGGGACAGUGACGCUGCCCAGCCGUCAGAGGGUGCUGCCGAGCAAGCUGCCAAACAGCCAGCCUCCGACGCCCAAGCAGCGCCGGCAGCUGACAAAGCCGCGGGCGGGCCUCCGCGUAAGAAGCGGCGUGGACCAAAGGCGGAUCCGGAGCAGCUGAACCCGGAGGAGGCAGCUCGGCGGCAACGGCAACGAGAGCUGCGGGAACGCGCCAUGCAGCUGCGAUCCCAGGGCAAGCACUACAUCCCGCUCAAGAAGGGCGGGAAACAUCCCAAGCCAGGGGACGGCAGCAGUGCUGGCGCCAAGCAGCAGCAGGCGGACGGUGGCAACCGCAAGGCGCGGCACUACCUGGGGGAUAAGACGCCCGGCUGGCGGCCCUUCAGCUCCGUUGAGGCCAUCGUCCUGCCCAUCUACUGGAACAACGACAAGGAGGAGAAGGCGUCCGUGAUCGCGGCUGCGGAGCGAGCUCGCGACAUCCUGGCCUCCGCGGGCAUUGCGGUGGACAUGGACGCAAGCAACAAGUACACGCCCGGGCAGAAGAUGAAGUACUGGGAGACCAUGGGCGUGCGAGUGCGGGUGGAGCUGGGCCCGCGGGACGUGGCCAACGGCAACUGCGUGGUGGCGCUGUCCACCAAGAAGCCAGGCGAGGUGGCCGUCAAGGACAUCGUCAACAUGCGGCACAAGAUGCUGGAUGCGGUGCGGGAGGCGCUCAAGAAGGCCAAGUCGGCAGCGCUGGAGGCGGAGGAGGAGGAGGAGGAGGAGCGGCAGCAGCAGGUGGAGGAGGGUGGCAAGCAGCAGCAGCAGGGCAAGGAGAAGGCGAAGAAGGCUAGCAAAGAGGAUGAGGAAGAUGAGGAGGAAGGUGAGGAGGAAGGUGAGGAGGAGGAGGAGGAGGCCGCACAGCCGAAGGAGGAGGAGAGCGGCGAGGAGAAGGCAGCUACGGAGGCGCCGGCGCCGGCUUCCAAACAGCCCUUCAGCGCUGAUGCGCUGGAGGAUGAUUUCGGCGCCGUGGUUGAGUUUGAGCCGGAGGAGGACAAACUGACGUUGAGUAAGAAGGAGCGGUUAAAGAAGGGCGCCAAACUGGUGAAGGAGAAGCGGAAGGCGGAACGGCGGACGGUGCUAGCCGGCGGCGGAGGAGGGGGUUCGGAGGAGCCGGAGGAGGAGGGCGGUCGUGGCGUGGGAGUCAAAGAGGGGGGCUGGGGCAAGGGAGGGAAGGCGGCGGCGCCUAAGAAGCCCAAGGUGGUAAAGUUCUAGGCUUGGGAGGGUGCGUUAAGCGUUAGCGGCGGUCCAUGCAGGCACAUGGAGAGUGUGCAGUAGUGGGUGAUGUCCCUGAUGUGAGAGCGUGUGGGACGCUGGGUGCUCUGCUGUUGAGGCAGGUGAUGGUGGGAAAGCCCCUUGGCGGAUGCUGGUGGUAAUGGGGAGUGCUUUAAGAAGAUGCGCCACGGAAGCACUCAAGCAGCAGGAUGUCCACCGCUGCCGUUGCAAUUACUUUGAUUGCAGUGCGAGUGAUCUAGCAGCAGCGGUGGAGCCUUGGGUUCGGUUUGCCCUCCUAGGUACGCUUGCCCCGAGCCCGGACCGGGCCGGUCCGAUCUCAGCCCUGUCUACUCGUGAUAUGGUACCCGUAACCCAUAAUGUAACCCAUAACGGCUGCGCAUGAUUGGACGCGCAAACUGGGAGCAAUUGUCAUUCCA